AUGGCGUACCCAGGUCAAGGCGGACACCACUACCAAUCGACGCAUGGCGGAGGAGGCGGUGGCUUCCCAGCACCGCACGGAUACGCUCAGCCAGGCUACGGCUAUGCGCCACCUUCAGGACCACCGCAAGGCUACCAGAGCGGAGGCGGAUAUGCACCACCCAUGCAACCUCCUCCCGGUGGUGUUCAAGGUCAGAUGGGAUAUGGCUUUGCGCCACCUUCGGGCCCCAUUGGCCCGCCCGAGUAUGCCACGAACCAUGUCAACUACAAUCCUCAGGGUGGCAUGAUCGGAAACCAGCGUUACGAAUACUCGUCGAUGCAGGGCAAGCGAAAGGCACUGCUGAUCGGUAUCAACUACUUUGGCCAGAACGGCGAGCUUCGAGGAUGCAUCAACGAUGUGCGCAACGUGCAAAACUUCCUCCGGCAACGAGGCUACAAGGAUGACGACAUGGUGGUUCUGACAGACGAUCAGCGGGAUGCGCGUAGUAUCCCGACGCGGCAAAACAUGACGGCUGCGAUGCACUGGUUGGUGCGAGGUGCUCAACCGGGCGAUGCGCUCUUCUUCCACUACAGUGGACACGGUGGACAGGCCAAGGCAACGCAGGGAGACGAAGCGGAUGGAUACAACGAGACCAUCAUCCCGCUCGACUACCAGCAGGCGGGACAGAUAGAGGACGACGAGCUGCACGCCAUCAUGGUGCGUCCACUCCCCGUGGGCUGUCGUCUCACCGCCAUCUUUGACUCGUGCCACUCAGGCACUGCGCUCGACCUGCCGUACGUCUACACCACCUCGGGUAACGUCAAGGAACCCAACGUGAUUGCGGGCGUGGGCAAGGGCAUCAUGGGUGCCGCCAUGAACUAUGCCCGCGGCGACGUGCUUGGCAUGGCUAAAGGUCUCUUUUCAACGUUUACUACAGCCAAGAACACCAGCGGUGCCGAAGAGGUCACCAAACAGACGCGAUCAAGCGGUGCCGAUGUGGUCAUGCUCAGUGGAUGCAAGGACUCGCAGACCAGUGCCGACGCGACCGAGGCGGGUAAAGCGACGGGCGCAUGCUCGUUUGCAUUUUUGAGCGUGAUGAACCAGUAUCCGCAGUUGACGUACAAGCAGAUGCUCAAUGCUGUACGUGAUGUCUUGGCGAGCAAGUACAGCCAAAAGCCGCAGCUCAGCUCAUCGCACCCCAUCGACAUGGAUCUACUGUUUGUCGUCUAG